AUGGCCUUAGUGAAAAUGAAUGUAUUUCAUUGGCACAUCACAGAUGAUAGUUCAUUCCCGUACGAAUCAUCCACAGAUCCUCAACUCUCUCAAAUGGGUGCUUAUCAUCCAAUAAAGUUUGUCUAUGGAGAAGUGGUUGUUGAGCAGUUAUUGAAGUAUGCUCGUUUACGUGGAAUACGUGUGAUGGUGGAAUUCGAUACUCCGAGUCAUACAAGAUCAUGGGAGAAGGGUCAUCCUGGAUUACGAACAAAGUGUUAUACUGAAGGUUCACCAAAUGGAAGAACUGGUCCAUUUGAUCCUACAAAUAAGACCACAAUGGAAUUUCUGACAUCGUUUUUCAAAGAAAUCACUUCAAGAUUUCCAGAGAGAUUUAUUCAUUUGGGUGGUGAUGAUGUAUCGUUUGAAUGUUG